CAAGAAGCGCAAACAUGGCAGAGGUUGAUGAAACUCAGAAGAAGAAGAGGGCCUUCAGGAAGUUCACCUUCCGAGGCGUCGACCUGGACCAACUCCUCGACAUGCCCAAUGAACAGCUGAUGGAGCUGCUGCACGCCCGUGCUCGCAGGCGUUUCUCACACGGUCUCAAGCGCAAGCCGAUGGCUCUUGUGAAGAAACUCCGUAAAGCAAAGAAGGAAGCUCCCCCAAAUGAGAAGCCAGAAAUUGUCAAGACUCACCUUCGCAACAUGAUCAUUGUUCCAGAGAUGGUCGGAUCCAUUGUUGGUGUCUAUAACGGAAAGACUUUCAACCAGGUGGAAAUCAAGCCUGAGAUGAUCGGACACUACCUUGGAGAGUUCUCUGUUACCUACAAGCCUGUUAAGCACGGUAGGCCUGGUAUUGGUGCUACUCACUCCUCCAGAUUUAUUCCUCUCAAGUAAAUUGCUUGUAUGUAAUAAAUAAAACGGCGUAAAAUACCA